AUGAGCUACGAGGAGGCCGUACAGUCCGCACCACUGCACGUGACCGAUGAGGACUGGCGGAUACUCUGCGAUAGGUUUUUGUCUGAUUCUUUUCAGAAGAGGAGCAAAAUAAAUUCUGACAAUAGAGGAAAGUUAGAAGUGAACCACGUAGCUGGUUCAAAGUCAUUUGUACGACUUCGUCACGACAUGCGAGAUUCCAUCACUGGCCAGGAGCCCGGACCAGUAGACUUCUACAAAGGGACUCACUGUCGGCAGUCGACAGGAUCUUGGGUACAUCCUAGAGCCAGCGAGAUUUGGGAUGAGAUGAACACCUUACGCAGUCAGCCCACUCCCGAUGGUACUCGCGGAGUUCCCUUGAGCUUCAGCUUCAAGAAUGAUUGCCUCGGAGAAUCGGAUACUGGAAACUAA